CCAUCAGCAGUAGUCUAUAUAAAGGGAGAAAUUAUCUCAUAAUCUCUCAGAAAAGCGAGUAAUUAUAGUAAAUGGCGAGUCUCCCUGAAAGCUGGGACGGAACACAGAAAAUAGUGACUGUGGAAGUAAUGCGAUCAUUCUAUUGUGGGAGCUCUGCAGAUCCACGUUUUGAAGCACUCGAGGAAAACGAGCAGUUGUCAGUACCACAUUCUAGAAGGCGGCAGAUCUCAGAGACUCCUUCUCCUCCACUCUCUCCUGUUCCUCCGGAUGAUAUGGUCUUUUGCGAUUUUAAAGACCUGAUGAUAAAAAUGCUGAGUACACCAACAGAUCAGCUACCACCUGAGGAGCAAGAAAGGGCUAGAAUGGUUGGGGAUAGACUGAGGAGGCUUGGAGACACUAUGGAUGAUGCUUUGGCAGAAGAACACAGAGAUUUACUUAACGGUCUCUUGCAUCCCACUAAAGAAAUUCAAGAAACAAUAAGGGAAAGUUUAAGGAAAAUUAAGAAGAUAACGGCUAUGACUGUUGUAAAGGUCUUCAAACUUGGCCUGCUACUCCUCUCUGCCCCUCCCUCCUCUGAGUAUGAAUAUAGGUUGGAAGAGAGACAACUCAUUAAAAAUAUCUUUGACUCUGUCGUUGAAGAGAUAACAACCUGGGUAAUGGAGAAUGGUGGAUGGGAUCAAGUAUUAAAUUCAACUGAUGAGCCCAGCUCUCCUUUAAGGCCUCAUUCUUCCAGCACUCCUACAUUGCCUCAAGUGUCACCACCCACUGGGUCCAGUAGUGAUUUUGAAAGAAACUGGCGUAGUCACAGUUUCUCUGCCUCCCGCCCAGUCCCCAACAGAACAAGACAUCUGAGUGAACCCAACUCUGUGCCUUCUUCCCCAACUACCAGAGGUAGAUCAAUGAGCAGCAGUUUGAUGACUAUUGGCGCUGCCGCAUUUGGGCUUGCAUUGAUGCACUACCUUCAAUCAUAACACUCCUCUUAUACUUAUCACUUUAUAUAUUGCAUGUAUAAUCAUUCUCUCUCUCUCUCUCUUUUGUUUGCUCCAUAUAUCACUAACAUUAACUAAUCAUCCUUCACUCUCCCUCUCUCAUAUCUCUGACAAGUGAUCAUUGCAUUCUAUUUAAUCAGGACAAAUCAAAACUAUACACUCUUUCUUUCCUUCCCCCUCUCCCUCUCUCAGAGAUGAUUGUAUUAUACCAUCAGUUUCUCAGGUAACGCUUUCGUCCUUCGUCAUCGUUCAAGCAUACAACUCUCUCUCUUCAAACAAAACUAAACAACAAUUGACACAUGCAUCAUAUUAAAACUUUGUUGAUUGUAAUUAUUGUUCUUGUUCAAAGUUUACGGUUGGUUUGGAUUCGA